AUGGAGGAUGGAAGAAUGUCGGACGUACCGAUAGAGCUAGCAAGUCUGAAAUUCGAAGAGAAAUUUACCGCGCUAGACAAUCGACUUUUCAUCGUCCUAAAUCGUUUACUCCAGCCAGAAGACGCUUUGAAACCAUAUGAUGCAAGUCGAGAGAUUGACGCGACCUUCCCGUCCGACUCCGUCAGCGAGAGGCAAAAAGGCGCAGAAGACUUUUCAAAUUAUGGAGAGGAAUUUCUGUGGACACUUUGA